GCUGUGAUGCACCACGUUUUUAAUAAAAGGAAACCGUAGAGGCGAACCUGCAAAUUUAUGACUUAUUCUCGUUUUGAUGGCGACCAUGGAGAAUGGACAGGAUUUGGUAGAGCAACCGGCAAAAAAGGCAAAGAUGCAGGAGCCUAGAGAAGAGAGUAUAAGUCAAGUUGGUAACAGUGAUGAUGAAAAAGCUGAUGCCUCUUCAGGUUUACCUACAAAUCACCGUAUGCCCAGUGAAUUACUACCCUGUACAGAUUAUGCCCCUCGAGCAAAUGAUUUCACUUCACAGAUGUAUCCAGCAAAGCCAUAUACACACAUCCUUUCUGUACCAGUAGCAGAAUCGAUGACCACAUACAACGGACAGACUCCCUAUCAAGCACUGCAGCCUUCUCAGCCAUACACAGCAUAUCCUCAGGGAUCUCAAAAUUAUGGUCUACCUCCCUUUGGCGCCUUGUGGCCGGGUAUCAAAUCUGAAAGUGGCUUGAUACAGGCGACAAAUCCUCCUGCCAUCCUGACUUGCUCCUCUGGAAUUUCUAGCCAGUCUAGUCCGGUUCUAUAUUCUUAUCCCGUUCAAGCUACCAAUGUCAACACUAUAUCAAGCCCAUCCUCUGUUUCGAAUAUCUCUAGCACUACCAGCAUCUCAAAUCAGGAAUACCCAACAUACACUAUCCUUGGACAGAAUCAGUACCAGCAGUGUUACCCAAAUCAAAGCUUUUCAGCAGCCACAACUUCUAGUGUAACAGAGAGUAGCUCUGUAAUAACACCAGCGUUCCAACAGAAACCAGAAGCCACCACCCUAGCACAAGGCACCCAGAGACCGGCAUCCGGUGACAAUGCAGAAAGCCAGCAAGGGGCAAGAGCAAUGGGCAGUAAGGAAAUAGAUGACCAAAGUAGGAAAAGCAUCCAUUUGAAAAACAGAGGAAAGGGAAAAAAAGCGGACUCCUCUUCAUUGCAAGACGGUGACCUUGAGCGUGUGUUUUUGUGGGACUUGGAUGAAACCAUUAUCAUCUUUCACUCUCUACUCACCGGGUCAUAUGCACAAAAGUACGGAAAGGAUCCCUCAUUGGUGGUUGGUUCAGGCUUGGCAAUGGAAGAGAUGAUCUUUGAAGUGGCCGACACACACUUGUUUUUUAAUGACCUAGAGGAAUGUGAUCAGGUUCAUGUGGAAGAUGUAGCAUCUGAUGACAAUGGUCAAGAUUUGAGUAAUUACAGCUUCAGCACAGAUGGUUUUAAUGGAUCAGCUGGCAGGAAUCAUGCAUCUAAUUCUGCUGUCCAAGGUGGGAUCGACUGGAUGAGAAAGCUUGCAUUUAGGUACCGCAAAGUCAUAGAAGUGUAUGACAAAUACAAGAACAACGUUUGUGGCCUUCUCAGUCCGCAGCGGCGUGAUUCUCUACAGCGGUUAAGAGCAGAUAUAGAGGUGUUGACUGAUGGCUGGUUAGGGACAGCGUUGAAAUGUUUGCUGCUUAUACAGUCCAGAAAGAAUUGUGUGAAUGUACUGAUAACAACUACACAGUUGGUGCCUGCCCUUGCCAAAGUUUUACUCUAUGGACUUGGAGAAGUGUUUCCAAUUGAGAACAUAUACAGUGCCACAAAAAUAGGAAAAGAGAGCUGCUUUGAAAGGAUAGUAACCAGGUUUGGAAAGAAGGUUACAUAUGUAGUCAUUGGAGAUGGCAGGGAUGAAGAAAUGGCUGCUAAACAGCACAACAUGCCCUUCUGGAGAAUUACAAACCACAAUGACCUCAUUUCUCUUCAUCAAGCUUUGGAGUUGGACUUUUUGUGAAAUACUCAUUGAAUGGACAUUGGAUGGACUUGUAAAAAGUUAAGAAGACUGGUAAAUCUGCCUUAAGGUCCCUGAAAUAUCCAACUACAACUUCACAUCUAAGAGAUAUGUGUCUAUACACAAUUGGAUCAAAGAGACAUACUUAAAGUUUCAGAUCUUCUGACAAAUGACCGCUCAGGUUCCACCCUUCUUUCCAAGUUACUGCUAGAUGCCCUGCUUCUAGAGUUCACCUACCUCUUCAGGUUCAAGCAAGAUGUUUAUUCACCUGUUAAGACCCUACUUCAAGAUCUCAUCAACCUUUUCAUUCUCCAUCAAGGAACAUACAUGAAUUGAAAAUGUUUUAGGAUUAUCUAUUUAAGACUGCACCUUUAGUUUCAUUAGAUGCAUAUUUUCACGAUUAUUGUCUACAUUAGGAAUUGAAGAAAACCGUUUCUUCUAAUCUUGCAAAGAAAAAGAUACUAUGUGCAUUCAUCAAUUAAGUAACACUAAGGUGGGAUGCUUAAAGUGCCCUAUAUUUACCUUUUUUAUAUACAAAAACCCAGUGGUAUACCCUACCAAGAACUAAACCUGUUGCAUCCUAUCAAGAAUGAAGUAGCCAAAUCUUUUAACAAAUUAAUGGAAUUCAUAAGCAUCAGGCUGGCCACUGUUACUUCUCAAGUUUAUAUCAGAGGCUACAUCCUUUAUGGAAAUGUACAUAUUUCUGGUAUUUUUAACAAUAUCACAGCCCAAUUGGGUUUGCUUCUAUUGAUGUGUUUGCUGCAUUACCAUUCUGGAAUUCUUACUGAAAUACCUCUAUGGGAGCAAAUUGCUCCUGCCAUUAUUUCACCUUGGAUGACAGUAACUUAUUAAAAAAAAAAAAAAAAAAAAAUAUUUUUAGUUUGAUUCUGUGUCAUUUUUUAGUCCUCCUCAUGAAAAUAAAACACAUUUUAGAAAUUUGA